CUCAGCCACUCGUUUCUCGAGUGUUCAUCUCACCUGCAGCUAUUUCUACCUGUUAAAAGGUUUGAUUGCAGGGAAUAUAUGUCACUUCAUCGUGGUCUUACCUGAGGUUAUUUUUGCACGUAUCCAUCGAAUUAAAUCGACACAGGUUCAGGUCUACCGGUCUAUCCAAUUCUGCAAAUAAAUCUGACAGUCAUAUUCCCCGCCCAGGUUGAUCUGUCCAGUGGCUGUAUAUCUGAAUCAUGCCAUAGUAUAUGACCAGCCAUACCAGCACUACACCCCGCAACCAUCAAAAGCAGCUUAGAAGGCCGGAAGACCAACGGCCCUAAGAAAGGAAUACCAUAGAACUACAGAAAUGUUUUCUAUCCCCUCUUACAAGCACACCAGUCCUAUGCGAUACAUAACACCAUGUCUCGAAGUCAUGCUCAUCUUCAUACUCGCUACUCCGGCAAACACCCAACAAACAAUCCAGACAACAAUCAUGGUCACAGCAACACCAACAUCACCACAUCCGCCCUCCUACACAUCCCCUGAGGUAUUCAGAGACACAGUCCUCUCGUCGAGCAAUACCUACCGCAAAGAGCAUAACGCAAGCGAUCUCGUUUGGAACGAGACCUUGACUCUGUAUGCAAAAGAUUGGGCCGAGGGGUGUAAAUGGAAACAUUCUCAUGGUCCAUACGGCGAGAACCUCGCCUUCGGAUACCAGGAUGCCUCAGCUGCGGUCUUUGCGUGGGGUGACGAACGUCGCUUGUACGAUUUUAAGAAACCGACCGGGUUCAGCGAGGAGACAGGGCAUUUUACGCAGUUGGUUUGGAGGGCUACGACAGAUGUUGGAUGUGCGGCGAUCGACUGCGGGUACGGCAACGGCACUGAUGAUAACGAGAAGAGCGGGGAUACGGGUUCCUCCUAUACCAGGGCUCAGGGCUGGUAUGUUGUUUGUGAGUAUUCGCCGCCUGGGAAUGUGAUGGGGACUAGUAGGACUGCUGGCGGUGAGAACGGGCUCUUUAAGGUGAAUGUGCAGUCGGCGAGUACGUAUUCUGGACCGUAUCCGACGGACUCUGGAAGCCCUCCUGCUAGUACGAGUGGGGUAAGUGGUGCAGAUCGAAUGUUUGUUCCUUGUGGGUGGAUUUGGGGCUGGAUUGGGGCCCUGGUUUUGAUGGUAAUGGGCUAGGGGAUGAUAGUGUAGUAGAAUCAAUGAUAUAGAAAAAUCGUUUCUUUGCAGACACCAACUGAUGAAAA